AGGUGAAACUACUUAGUUUAGGAAUGUGUUGAAGCCUCUKUGAUCCACAGCAGGCUAUUUCCUUGCUUGUCACAGUCAUGGCGGCCAACAUGUUGAUUCUAGCUGUCUUACUGCUGAUAUUUUCUUCGACUUCAUGUGAAAAGAAUGACGCUAAAAUUAAUUUGGCGCUCUACUACGAAAGCCUUUGCCCUGAUUGCCGAGACUUCAUAGUUGAUCAGCUUUACCCUACGUAUGAGAAAGUGUCUUCUAUGUUCAAUCUUGAGCUUAUUCCGUAUGGGAACGCGAAAGAAACGAAACAURGUGAUCARUGGAACUUUCACUGUCAGCAUGGAAAGAUACAGUGUCAGGGCAAUAUCAUCGAAACGUGUGCGAUUCACCUUAACAAAAACAAAUCAGAGCCUUAUAUUCAGUUUAUCCAUUGCUUUGAAAAGAACAUUGUGGAUGGAAAGAGUGUUGAGAACCCGCUUUCAGYAGCAGAGCAGUGCGCUGAAGACCUGGACAUCGAUUAUCAGGCUAUAGAGGACUGUCAAAAAGACAGGUUUGGUAACGCGUUGGAACACCAAAUGGCUCUGAAGACAAACGCACUUCGACCGAAGCAUGAGUAUGUACCAUGGAUUGUGCUGAAUGGAAAACACUCUGAAAGAGUUCAAGACAGGGCAGAAGGGAACCUUCUAAAGCUUCUGUGUGAAACAUACACGGGACCGAAGCCCUCAGCUUGCCAAGAUGUUCAUGAAGGGAGAUGCUACAACAAUGACAAGAAGAAACACCAAUUUGAAACACCGUAACUUAAACUGAAGUCACAAGUGUUUUUUAUUCGGUUUUAAUGUUAUUUUCAUAACUGGUUAAUCCUUAAUCAACGAUGUUGACAAUGGAGCUGUAGGACUAUAAAUGGUCGACAAAGCUGUCUGCAAAAAUAGGCGAACCAAACACACGGUAUGAAUGAUGACUUUGUGUAUCAUAUGUCACGGGACAGGUCSCCAUAAACAGUGUUAUUAUUGUGCAUUGUUUGACUAUCUUAGCCUGUGAGUUAGAACACAGAGUARUCUUGACCCGAUUUGCGCUAAGAARUGUUUCCCGCAAUCUAGUCGUUCUAGAAAUAGUUAUUGAACAGAUCUUAGAAUAUAACAUGUUUUUGCAGAUUUGAGGCAUAUAUCACUUUAAGUUGAUUAAAUAAUCACAACAGGACGCAGUAUAUUAUUUUACUCGGUCCACAUCCGACGCAGCCGACYACGAGUCUCUUUCAAAUCAAUUAACCGAUAAUAAUCUCAAUGGCGAUGAUGUACAUUUUUGAUGAUUYUUAAAACGGCUUUUGCUCCCUUUGGAUGUCUUUUAUCUUACAGCGAAAAGUAAUAGGUCGAGACGAUAUAAGAUUUAUAUGYACUGGAAAUCGGCUAGGCUUUGGCCUGUGUGUGAKAGACUGAACGCUAAUACCAUUCAAAGCAUGUGGACCCUGUKCAGUAGUGUGCGUGUUYUUUUAGCCCUUAUUCUGCUACUCUCAGAAUACAUUGUCCAGAAUAAUCAGAAGGACUAAACAGGCAGUGAGGCAAAAUCAAGGUAGAUGUACAACAUUAGUUAUCUCAUUAUCAAUUUUUUUUAAAUGAAUGACGUAAUGAAUACGCUAUACAUUGAUACUCGAUUCUGAUUGGCUAAGAGCAAGCACAAAAAGUGGCGAAGUAAAUAACAUUUAAAUAUCCUAUAAUGCUAAUAAAUGAUUUAUAACAUU